CCCCUCCCCCCCUCCUCGGCCAGCUGACCUUUACGCCGCCGUCCGAUUCUCAUGCAGGAGGGGUUCCUGCUCUGCGCAUAUGGUAGGUCUGCGCAAAUGCGCGUUGCUCCCUGCGUCGUGUCGUGCGGCUCUAUGCUGCGCGUCGCCGGUUCAUGCAUAAAUAUGUGGCUCUGCUGCCUCCCGUGCUCUCCCCUGCCUUCCGGAUACUUGCCUUAGGUAGUUUGCCUUUCUCACAGCCAGCCUCGAAUCGCCUGAAUGCGUUCAUUCUUUCGCACGCGCUCGGUCGACCCAGGUAACUCGUUGCUGUCAGGGGCUCUGCCUACACUCCAAAUCUGCCAACCCUCUCUACCUUCAAGGAACCAGACAUACACUGCCACUCGUCCUAGCUGCAGCACCAUACCAACCCGGAUCUGACCCAGAACAGCUCCAACAUAUCCGGCAACCUGUCUUACGCUGACAGAGCAUAUACCCCGCAUAAAAUAAAGACAUUUGCAACUACAUCAACCCCAUCAUCAUCACGUACAAAUAAUUCUUGGACCAGCACCCCGCGCACCCCCUUUUUUGUCCUCUAAAUUCUCCUAGUCUCUUGUUCUUUUCCUGCCCACCCUCCAUUCACAACUCCCUUAUCCGUGGCUCUUCCCCGGCUCCUCUAGCCAACGCCUCCGGCCGCAUGAUGACCCACCAUCAGCCUCCUUGAAAGUCCACUUGAUCUCAAGAGAGGAGAGCGAUGGUCUCCCUGCAGCCCCGAGACUUCAGCAGCCCAUUCAACUACAACAAGCCCCACACCCCUCCAAGGAUCCCGUUCAACUACAAGCUCAAACCGGCCGCGUGCCCCGGCCUCUCAAACUUUUACCCCCAAGCCUAUUGGUUUUCCCGCCUCUCAGGUGGUGAUCACCGAAACAUGGGCAAGGGAAGCCGGGUUGACGUUGCCAAAUAUAUUGCCCAGUCUCCUGGCCAGCGACAGGGCUCGUCACUGGCCAAACUGGCCAAACCUGCUGGAAACCAACUUCAGACCACGAGCCCCUCUUUGUCUCAAUCUUCGACCAAGAGCUCGGCCAAGAGCCCGGCCAAGGGCUCGACCAAGAGCCGGUCCAGCGGGGGCUCCAGCAGCAAAUCCAACACCGUUUCCGGAAAAAGUAUCCGAGAGGCACUCGUCAUCAACACCAACAGUCCUCGCCAUGCCAUCGCCACCGCGCCGCUGGCCCACAAGGGCACAAAGUACGACGCAUACGAGUCGGGGAGCUCCUCGGACUCGUACUCGGAAUACUCCUCCGGCAGCGACCUGGACUCGCCGCGGUCAUGCGCAAGCAGCAGCAGCUCCUUCUCGUCCGGCUCGGCCCGCGACCUCGCCGAGCGCAUCCUCGAGCGCAGGAAGGAGGAGCUCGUGGACAGGGUCAUGGCCCGCUUCUACUCCUUCUUCGCCCCGUGGCUCGAGGCCAGGUUCGGAGUCGAGUGCUACAAUGAUGGGGGCCGUGGCGGUGGCGGAAGUGGGGGCAGUGGCAGGCCUGGCAGCGGCAGUGGACGCGGCGGCGGCGGCGGCGGCGGCGGGUCCCUGAACGGAGGCGGCGGUCGGGGAGGCUCGGGCGGCGGGUCCUCGGGCGGCAGCAAGAAGCGGCAGCAGAGGGACGACAGCGACGACGGCGGGGACGACGGCGGCUGCGGCUCCGACGACGAGGGUAACGGCGGGCGCAGGGGCAACAUCAAGCGUCUCAGGCGCGACAGCGGCACGCGGAAGGACGGCCCCAGGUUCGCCUGCCCGUUCUUCAAGAACGACCAGAAGCGGUACGGCAAGGUCAAGACGUGCUGCGGGCCGGGAUGGGAGGCUUCUGACAUGCAUCGCUUGAAGGAGCACAUCUACCGCAAGCACUCGGCGCCGAAUUACCUGUGCAGCCGGUGCCUCGUCGACUUCAAGACGGAGAAGAGCCUGUACGACCACUCGAGGGCCCGCGAGGCGUGUCUCGUAAAAGAGAGCAGCCCCCACGACCGCAAGCUUCUCACCAAGGAGCAGAUCAAGAAGCUCAGGGCCAAGUUCAAGUCCGGGCUCAACGCGCUGGAGAAGUGGCGGAGCAUCUACGCCAUCAUCUUCCCGGACGCCGAGAUCCCCCAGGAUCCAUACUACGAGGGUGGCAUCAGCGCGGAGGAGGAGCUCGGCGAGUUCCUCGACCGCGAGCUGCCCCGGGCCGUCCGCCAGACGGUCGAGGCCAAGAUCGACAAGGAGCUGGAGGGGGGCGUCAUGAAGGACCUCGACAAGCUUGUCAAGCAGGCCGUCAGCGCCGUGUUUCAGCUCUGGCGGGACCUCAAACAGCAGCAGCCGCCCCCGCAGCCGCCCCCGCAGCCGCCGCCGCUGGCAGGAGGAGUGGCGGCCAAGUCGUCGGGCAGUAGCCGCCAUCUGCCGUCUCCUUCGACCGAGAGCGCCAAGUCUCUGCCGUCUCCCGACCCCCACGGCUUAUCGGACACGGACGACCUUUGCGAUGUUCCGGCUGCCGAUCUGUUGCCGGAAUACUGGAGCCAGUUUACCUUUGACCAGAUCCUCGCGAGCGGCGGCUUUGCCCAUGAUAUCCAGCCUCAGGCGCAUGUCCCAUGGGAUAGCUACGGUACCUCGUACACUUUCCCUUAACUUGUUAGUCUUUUUUGUUGGUACAACUGUCAUCUUGCAGGCUUGGCACUCCUUUAUUUUCAUUCUUGCCUUGUUAUACUGCCUUCUCGAGUAGGGGGUUGGGGGUCAAAAGUGAGCGUAGUGGAGGUUGUCUCAACAGCAGACGCAAUCGCGCGUCCUUUCUUUUGUUCUUAAUUAUGUUACCUUGACCACACAGAACAUUGGUACGCGAAAACAAAUGACUACAGUUGGCAGUAUCCUCA